CUCUCGAAGCAAACAGCUGUGUUGUGUCUCUACCAUAAACAGUGCAUCUUGCCUCAGUAAUGAUUCGCAAGCCAAUCAAAGAGAAACAAUUUCUAGUCCUAUUCUAGGACUAGCUUACCGAUCAUGCUACGGCCCGAAGUCGUGCAGGAGUAUGAUCCAUUCAUAGAAUUCACUAUGUCAAGGUCCAUAAACAUGCAAAGUAACAUAGACGUGUUGAUAUGUAUGUAUGUACAUACAUAGCAUGACCUCCCUAUCGUACCAUGAUGGCUGUCUCCACCGUCUUCGCUACACUCUGAACCAUCUGAAUUGAACUAAUUUCAGAGAUUUUUCGGAUGUGACGCGAACAAUUUUUAAUCGCAGGUGUUGGAAAUAUUCAGUGAAAAUGGUAGUGGGUGUAUUUCCGGCUCUCAAGUUGGGAGUGUUGUUUGUUAAACAAAUCAGUAAACCUAUAGCAAAAUUUCUUGUUAGUCAAGCGAAAAAUCAUCCUCUAUUUAGGACCUAUUUUAUCAUACCUCCAGCGCAAUUUUAUCAUUGGGCUGAAGUAAAAGCUAAAAUGUAUGUUAUGAAUCUUGGUAAACCCACAAAGGUUGCCAAACUGAAUGAAGCUAUGGCAAUAGAAUUAGGAGCAAAUUUGAUGGGAGAAGUAAUCAUUUUUAGCGUUGCCGGUGGUUGCUUAGUGUUAGAAUAUAAUCGUCAAGUAGCGAAAGAAGCAAAAAAAGAGGAAGCACGCCUUGAACAAAUACAGAACUUUAUCAGCAAUAUUGAAAAAUUAAAUACAAUUAUGUCCAAACAAGAAGCCGAAAUACAAUAUCUACAGGAGGCUGUUGAAUCUUUAUCAAAAUAUACAAAAUACAAACUGCCAACCAAACGUAUAGCAACAGAAACAAGCAAUCAAAAUGAUCAAUUGAACGGGAAACAGAAUGCUGAUACAUGUAAGGAUAUACAGAAUGAUGGACAGUCAUUAGUUGAGAAAGCUAUAGUAUAUUAUCAGAACGAUGUAAGAACAGACAAACUCAAGUAACUGUAAUUUUAUAACUUUAUUAACCCUCGGCCGACAGCAACUUGCAAAGCAUACGUACGAUGAUUAUGUGCAAAUUCAGCCCCCUUGUAUUACGAAAACAGGGCAUAACAAUAGCUGAAGGUACCACCACACGCAACCGCGCAACUCGCUUCAUAGUCACCAUGAGGAAGAAAGAAUUCCUCUGGGUCAGAUAUUUUUUUUCAUAUUCUGUGUGUCGGUAGCGCCGAGUAUUUACCACCUGCUCACGCACACUGUUACAGCGCCGUUAUGUGAGCAAAAUUUGUCUGUAACAGUCGGCUGAGGAUUAACAAAUGUGAUAGUGUCGGUAUAAUACGAUGACAGCAACAAAUAAGAAAUACAUUUAUAAUGCUGCAGUGUACAUAAAAAAUACUUUCUAUAGCAUAUAUAGUAAAAGAUUUUGUAUAUAAUUGAAGGCACAGGGUCAGAAAAUAUCUGAUAUUUUCUACUUAGAUCUUCACAUAUGUGAUUCCUUUUUUAUUUUCAAUGAUAUUUGAGACUAAAUAUAUUUUUUUAAAAAGA